CAUUGCUUAUCGGGAUUCAAACCCACCGCCCCCACAAGCACUUCCUCUUUUUCAUCGAACAAUGCCCGCCGUAGCAUCAUCACCCCCGACGCUGAAGGGAAUUGCACUGAUCGCCGGAGGCGACUCCGAAAACAGCGCCGUCAGAGGCUCCCUCCAAUUCAUCCAGGACAACACCACUGGAUUUACUCAUGUUAUUGGGAAAAUCACUGGAUUGAAGCCUGGACCCCAUGGCUUCCACAUCCAUUGCUAUGGCGACACCACCAAUGGAUGCAAUUCUACUGGCCCUCAUUUUAAUCCACUGAAUAAGGCUCAUGGAGCUCCACAUGAUGACCAGCGCCAUGCUGGCGACCUGGGAAACAUAUUUGCCAACCAAGAUGGAAUGGCUGAAGUGAAUUUGAAAGAUUUGCAGAUUCCUCUUAGUGGGCCAAACUCAAUACUCGGAAGGGCUGUGGUGGUUCAUGCAGACCCUGAUGACCUAGGUAGAGGAGGCCAUGAACUCAGUAAAUCAACUGGGAACGCCGGUGCUCGAAUUGGAUGUGGAAUCAUUGGCCUCCGGCCAGCAAUUUGAACGUGAUCCGAUAUACAUACUUGAAUCAAGAAAUAGAGAGACUACGUUACUCUUUAUCUCCAGCAAUACUAAUUAUGAUGAUAUUUACUUGAAAUAAGGCCUGCUUUAAUAGCUGGAAAGUGUUUCCUUGUUUAUGGGUUUCUUUCCAAUUAUGGUGCCUGCUUACAUUAGUUUAUUUCUUGUUCAAUGUACUUGAAUUUCAAUUAUGUCAUAAUGAAUUUUAUUAUCUAAA